GACGUUUCGAUCAAGACUGCGUAUUUUCAUUUUUCGCGUGCGAUCAAACUGUGUGUGCCGGCAAAUAUAAAUAUGUCUAACAAAAAGCAUAAGGAAAUAGAUCACGAGGAGAGCGGGAGUGAAGAAGAGCAGGAUUCUGGCAGUGAGAGAGAUUCCGACUUCGACUCCGAUGGGAACUUCGUGGGAGACAAGGAACUUCAAGCAGAUUUUGAAGGGCGCAACCCUGAGGACUGUGACUUCCAUGGCAUAAAGCAACUGCUGAGACAGUUGUUCCUCAAAACAAAUGUAGACUUGGGAGCACUUACACAAAUUAUAAUCUCUCAAAAUUAUGUAGGCAGUGUAGUGAAACAGUGCCUUGAUGAUCCUGUUGAUGAUGACGAUGAAGAUGAUGGCAGCGAUGGAGUAUUUGGAGUCACCACUGUCAUUAACAUCACUAAGAGAAAGCAUGAGCCGGCAAUACAGCAAGUUACAGAUCUCCUAAACCAACUCGCCGAGGACAAUGCUGACGACAGAACCAAAGCUCUUAUCAAAAAGAUCCUGUCUGAUGACGUCAACCAUGUUGGCUUCGUCAUUAAUGAAAGAAUCCUGAACAUUCCCGCAGCCAUCAGUGUGCCCCUCUUCUCUUCCCUUCAGUCAGAGUUGGACAAGGCCAUCAAGAAGAACAUGCCAUACACAUUCCAGUACCUCAUAUGGAUAUGCAAAACAUACAAUACUGGAGAUGAAGCCUCAGAAAUAUUGUACGCGAACCAGGAGGAGAAGCCGUUAGUGGACGAGGCGCUGGCGAAUUUCGACGUGGAUGUGUCGGAGCAGGUCGACUUCUCGCAGUGGGAGUACGAAGGCGGUGCCAUGACCCCCGGCAGAAAGGUCCUAAUAUUCGAAGGCAAGAAAUUCAACCACCUCAUAAGGCUGUUGAAAGAAGAGGUCGAAGGCGGAGUCUAAAGCUGUCUUCACAUGACAUACGGAAUGCGGUGUGCGAGCGAGACACCAUAUAUCGCUAUCUCGCUCACACGCCGCAGAUCCGCGUUAAUGUGAUAAAUAAAUGUGUUGCUUGUGAAGCUUCAUGUAUGCCAUUUAAGCUUACUUGUGUAACCAUAUUUAUAUUUUUAAUAUUAAUAUACUAUUUAGCUUUA